GCACGAGUAGCAUCUCUUGACGAAACAUUAAACAUCUCUCGACUGAAAAGUUGCAUCUUCUUGUCUUCCUUAACCUCUGCACAUUCUUCUUCCUCCUCCUCGUGUCUGCAAAUUCUGUCUUUCGAUGAAUUAAACAUCCAUCAAUGGCGAGAAGAUCCCACUUAACAGAUUUAGGUUGUAUAGCUUGUGAAGAUUUAACAGAAUUAGGAGCAGGAAAAGAAGGUUGGUUAGUUAAUGAUCCAACCCUUCUCUCAGCUCUUGAUACUCAUUGUCUAGCCCUUUCUAAUCAAUCUCUAAUUCUAAUCCUUGAUUGGAAUAAUCAAGAUUCUAAUGAUCCUUCUUCAAUAAACAAACUUAAGAUCCGUCCUUCAUUAAUCCCAUCUCUACAAGGUGAAAUCACAGCUAUUCAAUGGCUUGUAUUUGAUGAUAUAAAAGUUCUUGCUAUUGGUACUUCUAAUGGGUAUCUUUUGAUUUACUCAUUAAGGGGUGAUCUGGUUCAUGAACAGAUGAUAUAUCCUGGACGGAUACUGCGGUUGCGAGUACGAUCAACUAAGAGUCUUCUAUCAGAGGAUGCUUCCUCAGAAGAGCUUUGUGUUGUUAUGUCUGAUGUCAUUGCACGUUUUGAUGGAUCAGACCUUUGGAAAAUGCUUCAAAAGUGGUCUCAAGACACACAUUCACAAAUGUGGGAGCAAAAGACACAAAAUGGAGAGGACCUUGCGAACUCUUACGGAAGAAUAACCCACCAGCUAUGGAAUGUUAGCAAAUAUGGAUCGUGCGCUGAUGCAUCUAUAACUGGACUAAUGCCGCCUCCAUUGAUGGAAGUUCAGUCAAGUGAGCGGUUUUAUUGUGCUGUAACUAUUGGAGAAGAUACUGUCAUUUCAGCAUAUAGGCUUUCAGAAGACAGAAGCAGGUCUUUAGUUGGAGCUAUUUUGUCAAAGGUUGUUCCUGUUGCAUUUUCAACAAUAUCUUCCUUCUCUAGUAUGAUAUGGAGUAGUAAGAAAGCUUCACCAAAGAAGUCAGAAGUGAAGCCCCAGUCAUUCGCUAGAGCAUCUGUUCUGACUUGUUUGAAAGAUCACCCAAGAAAAGGAGAAAAGCUAACUCUAUCACCUAGUGGUUCAUUAGCUGCCAUAACUGAUUCUCUUGGUCGUAUAUUGUUACUAGAUACGCAGGCACUUGUUGUUGUUCGAAUUUGGAAGGGAUACCGCGAUGCUUGUUGUCUUUUCAUGGAGAUGCAAUUUGGAAAAGAUAAAGCAUCAUCUAGUUCGGCUUAUCAUGAAUACUCAAAGAGUGAUUAUUGUUUGUGUCUUGCUAUUCACGCACCUCGGAAAGGAAUAAUUGAGGUGUGGCAGAUGCGAAUUGGACCCCGUCUUUUUUCCAUUCAAUGCGCGAAAGGUAGCAAAAUUUUGCAACCCACUCCUAGGUUCAUAUCAUCAUCGUCUUAUUCAUCAUUGUAUUAUCCUUUGGAAGUGUUCCUAUUAAAUGGGGAUUCUGGACGAUUGUCAGUUCUGAACCGAUCUUUCAAUUGAUUUGUGAAAAGAAAAUA